AUGUCUCGCCGCAAGCAAGCCGAGCCCCUCUCCGUCGCCCUCACUGCCGCCACUCUCCUCCCGUCGGAGGACCUCUCGGAGCACAGCUCGGACCACUCGGCGCCCAACAGCGCCUGCAGCGGCGUCAACGGCCACCACCACCCGCACCACACAGCCCCACUCGCACCCCACCUCCCAUCCACACCACCGCCCGGCUCGGCUGGGCUUCGACCCCCGAUCCUCCCACCACCGCCAACAGCAACACCACCACAACACCUCCUCCUCCACCACCUCCUCCUCCGUCUCCUCCUCCUCCUCCUCCCGGAGCAGGACCUGCUGACAUGCGGCCAGUGCCAGGCCACCUUCCCCCUGGCCGACAUCUUGCUCUUCAUCGAGCACAAGCGCAAGCGAUGCCACGGCCCCCCCUGCCUGCCCCGGGACGCCGUUGGCGGGCGCGGCCUGGACAAGCCCCCCUCGCCCUCGCCCGGGCCUGGCCCUGACGCCACCCCUGCGCUGGGCCUGGGGGCGCUGGGCCUAGGGGCCCUGGGGCUGGGGGCCCUAAGGGCUCAGCAUCAGCACCUCCGACGGAGGCCCGUGGAGGUGGGGGUCCAGGCCACUCUGGCUGAGGAGGACUGCGAGAGCAACCGGCUCUGCCCUCCCUCUUCGUCGUCGCCCCGUGGGAUCUUUCCCAGCAGGAGCAUCCUGUCCAGGUAACCCACCACACACACACACCGACCCCG